AUGCACAAUUUGCCACUCCUGGAACGAAGUCAAACUGCGAAACAGAGAUAUUUCUCUAUGGCCUCUUCAAGUGAGAUUGGGCUAUUGGUGAAUUUGACUUGGCUAGUGCUUGACUCCAAUUAUCUUUCGUCAUCCAUUCCACCCGAAUUCUUUGCUGAGCUGCGUUCUUUGGAACACCUACACCUGCAGGACAACCAUCUGACUGGGGCCUUGCCUUCUGAGAUUUCUGCUUUGAGGUCUUUGGUGGACCUGCGGUUGAAUGCAACAUUUCUGAAUGGGACUAUUCCAACCGAAAUAGCAUUGUUGGCCCCAAACCUGGAACAUCUUGAUCUAUCUUCCACCAACAUUUCAGGGAGCAUACCCUCAGAACUUGGUACCAUGACCUCACUGACAUGGUUGAAACUGGACAAUACGCAGCUCAGUGGGGAGAUACCGACAGAAUUGAGCAACUUGGCGGUCAAUGGCAGUCUUGCUAGGUUCAACAUCAAUGACACCCAUGUCAGUGGCGAAAUUCCAUCAGAUCUCUGUGCCGUUCCCGAUUUUCACUUUGAUUGUUCUUUUGAUCUGUGUGGGUGUUUUUGUGUCUGCCUUUCCCUGGCUCAUGGGAAUUGGCAAAUAUCUCUUCUGGAUGACUUUAAUGUCACAGAUGAUGGUCUUUGGGGUUGAGAGACAAGCACUUGUGGAAGGCUGUUGUGCGCGCACGGGGAAAGGCAAGGCGAUGAUGCUCAAAUGAAUCUCCUGGGCUCUCGGGCACUUCAGUGGCUUCACUCAGGUCUGUGGGCAAACCCAAUGGUCGAAUGCGAUAAGGGGAUGGAAGAUGUAUUUUUGUACCAGCUAGUAAUGAGCUGUUCUUGUACUGACUAGCUAGAAGGCACCAGGGGAUUCGAUUCCUGCCCAUUGAAACGUGUAGCGAUCGAAUCUGUAGCAGGGCCAACACCCUUCUCCGCCAAUAGUUGCAUUUCUUUCUUUGGCUCAACAAUAAUACUAGCCCCA